GUCUACAAAUACGGCCCAUCGUUUCCCGUCUGUGAGAGAUAAACGCCUGGCAAACAAGUGAGAGAGAGAAAGAAAGUUAAGAGCUCUCGACGACUGAAACCCUACCCGGAGCCCCGCCGCCGUCGCCUCUCCCUCUCGCUGUUUAGAGCCGUCGCGCCGCCAGCAGAAGAGGGGGGUGAAGAAGGCCAGCGUCACCAUGGCGGACGAGGAGCAGAUGAUGGAGAGGAAGGAGGAGGCCACCGAGAUUGCACCUUUUGAUCCAACCAAGAAAAAGAAGAAGAAGAAGGUCGUCAUCCAAGAUCCUGCUGAUGAGGUUGAUAAGCUGGCAGAGAAGACGGAGGGCUUGUCAGUCACUGAGUCUGGCGAGGCAAGCUUCGUGGGAUUGAAAAAGAAAAAGAAGAAACUUGUGGAACUUGAUCCAUCACUUGUUGAGGCUGGAGAUGGUGAAGACACUCUUGAUGAUCAAGUUGGAGAGGAUGAACAAGGAGAAGGGAUUGUGCUGGGUGGAGCAACCCAAUACCCAUGGGAAGGAACUGAUAGAGAUUACAAAUAUGAUGAGCUGCUUGGCAGAGUCUUCAAUAUCCUGCGUGAGAAUAAUCCAGAUCUUGCUGGUGAUAGACGAAGAACAGUUAUGCGGCCUCCUCAAGUUCUUAGGGAAGGCACAAAGAAGACAGUUUUUGUGAACUUCAUGGACUUGUGCAAAACAAUGCAUAGGCAACCUGAACAUGUGAUGAUGUUUUUACUUGCUGAGAUGGGAACAAGUGGAUCCCUUGAUGGGCAACAAAGGUUGGUUAUCAAAGGAAGAUUUGCCCCGAAGAACUUUGAAGCUAUACUCAGGAGAUAUAUCAAUGAAUAUGUCAUAUGUAAUGGAUGCAAGAGCCCAGAUACCAUCCUUUCCAAGGAGAAUCGGUUGUUCUUCCUUCGCUGUGAACAAUGUGGUUCGUCAAGGUCAGUUGCUCCUAUCAAGGCUGGAUUCGUGGCGCAAGUUGGGCGUCGGAAGGCUGGAACUUAAGUUGGGUAGUGCGGGGAUGCUCUAUCAACGUAAUCCAACAAUUUGCCGAUUUACAACAAUCUUUAUUGUCCUGUUUUCACUGUGCCUAGACCGAUUUGUGGAUUUUGUUACUUCCUGUACUAUGAAUGCUGAUGGUGUGAAUUUCUAUUUAUCUCAGAGGAUCUAAGUUUGCGGCGUAUUGCCAA